AUUUGCUUUUACCCACACUAGUUUAAUAAUAGUUGUAUCUAAACACGUACGUGUCUGUUUAAUGUAACCUCUGCAGCGGUUCCGACUGAGAGUCACCAUGGCUCAUCAACGCUGUCAGGAUAAAACACCCGUCCAGAUCCUGCAUGAAUAUGGCAUUAAAAUGGGCAGUGCGCCUGUGUACGAGCUCAUCCAGGCUGAUGGAGACAAGCACCAGCCCUCCUUCAUGUUCAGUGUCACUAUAGGAGACAUCACAUGCAAUGGUCGAGGAUCCACUAAAAAGGCUGCUAAACAUGAAGCUGCAGAAGCCGCUUUGAAAUUAUUGAAACGAGACACCCAGCUAAAUGAUCAGAGAGAUGGUCUUUCUCCUGAAGCCCGUGACGCAUCCAAUACUGUAGGAGUACUGCAGGAGCUGGCCAUGCAGAGGGUGUGGUGUCUGCCGGAGUAUGUGGUGUGUAUGGAGACAGGGCCUGAUCACAUGAAGGAGUUCACCGUUACCUGCCGUCUGGAAGGACUGGAAGAGUCAGGCUCUGGCAGCUCCAAAAAGUUGGCCAGACGUGUAGCAGCCGAACGUAUGCUGGGGAAACUGCAGAGUCUGUCCGGAUCUCCUGAGAUCACGUGGAGCCCACCGUCUCGCGUGUAUGUGGAAAGCUUACGGCAGUCCACAGGGGAGAAGAUUUCCCUCCUGAGGAGGACGCCGCUCAGCAUCCCGAACACAGACUACAUUCAGAUGCUGCUGGAGAUCUCACUGGAGCUGGGCUUUCAGGUCACAUACAUAGACAUCGAUGAGCUGACAGUGAACGGUCAGUACCAGUGUUUAGUCGAACUGUCCACCCGGCCGGUGACGGUGUGCCACGGUACAGGGAUGACCAGCAGUAACGCCCACAACACCGCAGCACAUAACGCCCUGCAGUACAUCAAGAUGGUCGCUAGUAAACACUAACAGCAGGUCUGGGAUCAGUGUGCGCAUGAAUUCUGACCUGCACGUCCUGAUCCCACACUAGCACUGCAACCAAUGGACACCUUCUGCUGUAAGAGACCCGACUCUAUGCAGAAAAUAAAUCAAUUUCUGGGUUACGA